AUGAAAAUACGCACAUUUAAAAGCAGAGGGAAGCCGCCCCGCCGCAGCAUAGGAACGCUUGCGGCUCCCGAAGUGUUUUCUUUUCCCGCGGAAGAGGCACGGCCUGCUGGAAGCGAUUUGAGGGCGCCUUCCGAGGGCGAGGUGAAGAAAGUGCCGGUGAGCAUGCACAGUGCGGCUGAGCUGAGCAUGCAGCUGCCCGGGGGCUCUUUCAUUUCCGGGCGGUACAGCGGGGGCUUUAUGAACAGCGACUAUUCGAUUGAGGAGGCGAGUAACGUGAAAAAGAAGCCGUGGAGGCGGUUUUCGUGCAUUCCCGCGCACAAGCUCGAGAAGCUGGGCGAGUCCACGUUCAGCGAAAUAUUCAUUAACAGAGAGACGAUGCGCGUGUACAAAAUAGUCCCCCUCACACAAAAUAAAAGCUACGCGCGCGUGCAGCACACAAGAAUAACGCAGUUUGUAAAGGAGUGUCUGAUCAUGGAGAGAAUGAACAUGUCCCCGCACUCGACCAAAAUAUUCGCAUGGCAUCUUGUGAGGUCGCCGUACACGAGCUUCCUGGUGAGCGCCAGCAAAAAGUGGGCGGAGAAGAAUGCGGAGCUGGCCGAGAACAUGACGCCGCAGAAAAACAACUCGUCCGGGUUUUUUGGGGUUAUUGAGAUGGAGCACGGGGGGCGCGAGCUGGAGAAGUUGGACUGGGCGAGCCUAACCAGGGAAGACGUGGUUCUGAUAGGGCGCGAGCUGGAGAUGGCGGUCCGGGACAUGGAGGGGCUUAGGGUAGAGCACCGCGACAUGCAUCAGAGCAAUGUGCUGGUGGAUAGAAGGGGCGGAAAGUAUGCGGUGAAGGUGAUAGAUUACUCUCUUUCGUACGCUGAGACGCGGGGCGACUUGGCAGAGGCGUACUCGGUGGACAUUUUGGAGGACACAAAAGAGGCUCUUGUAUACCGAGAAGGGAGCGUGCUGUACACGGACCUGGACGAAGAGACGCCCUGGCUGCUGGGAGAGAACAGCGACGGAGAGCCGCACCGGGAAGUGUACAGAAAAAUUGGGAAAGAGCAUGCCGGAAGCAACCGGUGGAGGCAGCGCGGACCCAGCAAUGCAUUUUGGAUGCAUUACCUCCUGAAGUGGAUGGAGGCUGCAAUAGAAAAGAAAGACUCGUAG